AAUUCUAUGGCUUAGUUUACACCGUAGAAACUCUUGAUACGAGUAUCAAGCUGGUGCGGACUAAGUGUUAGAUACGUUUCUGUUUACAUCGACCGUGUUAAAUCAUAUUAGAGAUUUUUUCAAGACGUUUUUCAAUUUCGAUUACGUAUAAAAUGGUAUCAACUUCCGGAGCUAGUAUCUACGAAUGUCACAUAGAUGCCGGCUACAGACAACAUUAGGAGCGAAAAGGUUAAUGGUUGUGGGAAAUAAAGAUGACUUUUACUAAAAAAUGCCGAGCAAAUAGGUUGGCUAAAAACAACAUUUAUACAAAAUGCGUAUUGUGAAGUACUCAUCAAUAAUAAUAUGAUGUUGAUCUCCACCCUCGUUAUUAUUCUUAUAUACUGGAAGUGUAUAAACAACUGCCAGACCAUUUUGAAUAUUGAACUUUUUCUCUAGAGAACACAUACCAGUUUCAAAAAAGGACGGUUAUAAUUGCACUGACAAGAAAACGUAGCAAGUUGUGGAAUUAUUUCGAGAAGUUGAAUCAUUCGCUGGUGAAGUGCACGACCUGUAAAAAAGAAAUUAAGACACCUAAUCCAACAAGACGCACAAAAAUAAUGAAAGCACACAUAUUAAAUGUACAUGGAAUAUCUCUUGAUGAUGAGACUGUCACACUACCUGACGACUUAAAACAAUAUUACUCGGAGUUACCGGGAUAUAAGGCAAAAUGUAAUAAUUGCGGCGUAACAUUGUCCUUCUUAAGAGAUGUUGGAUCUUUACGAAAACAUUUAAGAAGACAUUCCACAAGAAUCCAGAGUCAAGAUGAGACGACACCGACAAAAAAACGCAGCAAGUUAUGGAAUUAUUUCGAGGAAUUGAAUCCUUCGCUGGUAAAGUGCACGACCUGUAAAAAAGAAAUUAAGAUAUCUUGUCCAUCAAACCGUACACCAAUAUUCAGAGCACAUUUAAAUAGACAUGGAAUAUUUCUCGAUAAUGACACUGUCACACUACCUGACGACUUAAGGCAAUGUUACUCGAAAUUACCGGGAUAUAAGGCAAAAUGUAAUAAUUGCGGCGAAACAAUAUCCUUCUUAAAAACUGUUGGACAUUUACGAACACAUUUAAGAAGGCAUUCCACAAUAACCCAGAGUCGAGAUAAAACAGUUAUGGUACCGAGAAAAAAACGCAGCAAGUUUUGGAAUUAUUUCGAGAAAUUGAAACCUUCGCUGGUAAAGUGCACAAUCUGUAAAAAAGAAAUUAAGGUAUCUCAUCUAACAGACUACACAAGAAUAUUUAGAGCACACUUAUUUAAAAAACAUGGAUUAUCUCUCGAUGAUGACACUCUCACACUACCUGACGACUUGAAACAAUGUUUCUCGAAAUUACCUGGAUAUAAGGCAAAAUGUAAUAAUUGUGGAAAAGCAGUGUCUUUCUUAUCAAGUAUAGAUAAUUUACGAAAACAUUUAAGAAGACAUUCCACAAGAAUCCAGAAUCGAGAUGAGACAGUUAUAAUGGCACCGAGAAGAAAAUACAGCAAGUUGUGGAAUUAUUUCAAAGAAUUGAAUCCUUCGCUGAUAAAGUGCACGACCUGUAAAAAAAAGAUUAAGGUAUCUCACCCAGAAAACUGCAUAAAAAUAAUGAGAGUACACUUAAGUAGACAUGGAAUAUUUAUCCAUAAUGACACUCACACACUACCUGACGACUUAAAACAAUAUUACUCGGAGUUACCGAAAUAUAAGGCAAAAUGUAAAUAUUGUGGCGAAGCAGUGUCUUUUUUAACAAGUAUGAGAAAUUUACGAGAACAUUUAAGAAGGAGACAUUUCACAACAAUACAGAGUCGUUAUAAGACGGCACAGACAAAAAAACGCAGCAAGUUGUGGAAUUAUUUCGAGGAAUUUAAACCUUCGCUGGUAAAGUGCACGACCUGUAAAAAAAAAAUUAAGAUACCUCAUCCAAAAAGCCGUACUACAAUAUUCAGAGCACACUUAUUAAAUGUACAUGGAAUAUCUCUUGGUAAUGAGAUUCGUACACUACCUGAUGACUUAAGGCAAUAUUACUCGGAGUUACCGGGAUAUAAAGCAAAAUGUAAUAAUUGUGGCAAAGUAGUGUCUUUCUUCACAAAUAUUGAAAAUUUACGAGAUCAUUUAAGAAGACAUUCCACAAGAAUCCAGAGUCGAAAUGAAACAGUUAUGGUACCGAGAAAAAAACGCAGCAAGUUGUGGACAUAUUUCGAAAAAUUGAAACCUUCGCUGGUAAAGUGCGUAAUUUGUAAAAUCAAAAUUUAUAUGCCUCAUCCAUCAAACAGCACAGCAAUAACGAUGGGACACUUAAAUAAACAUGGAAUAUUCUUCAAUAAUGACACUUUCGCACUACCUGAUGACUUGAGGCAACAUUACUCGGAGUUACCGAGAUAUAAGGCAAAAUGUAAUGAUUGUGGUAAAAAAAUGUCUCUUUUAAAAAAUAUUGUACGUUUACGAAAACAUUUAAGAAGACAUUCCACAAGAAUCCUGAGUCGAGAUGAACCAAGCACUUCAAGUUUAGCGGAUGAUAAUGUGGGUCCUUCUGCACGCUGUCAAGGUCAAGAUGAUACAUCUGGUUUGCUCGUUCAGUCAUUUAUUAAAGAAAGGACCGAAAAAACAGGCGCACUUAAUGAACCAGGCACUUUAAUUUCAACAGAUUAUAACACGAAUCCUACCGCAGAAUGUGAAAGUCAGGAAACAGUUGAUUUGGAUCGAGAAAGGAUACAAGGGCAUGUGAUGGACCAAGCACUUCAAGUUUAGCGGAUAAUAGUAUAGAUCCUUCUGCAGGCCGUCAAAGUCAAGAUACAUCUGAUUUGUCCAUACAAUCACUUAAAGAAGCGAUAGAAAAAACAGGCGCACUUGAUAAACCAAGCACCUUAAGUUCAACGGCUUAUAUUAUUAUGGAUCUUUCUACAGAAGAAUAUAUUCCUCUGCGUCAAAGUCAAGAACAAGUACCAUCUGGUUUACCCGUUCAAUCAUUUAAAGAAACGGCAGAAAAUACAGGAGUACUUGAUGAGUAAUUAUUCGUUUAGUUUACAUAGUAUAAUGUAAUGGUAUCCAAAUUGUUAAAUAUUGACUUGUCUGCACAAGUAUAUUUUACAACUGUAAUAUUUUAAAAAUAAUUACUCUCUCCUUUUUACUUUUAAUCACAUUACGUUUCUACACAGACCGAGCACUUCAAGUUCAGUGGAUUGUGUUAUGGAUAAUACAUAUAGUUAUAUUAUUUUUAUGAUUAUUACUUUUUUCUAGUUUUAAUCACACCACUUUUCUAUACAGACCAAGCACUUCAAGUGUGGCGGAUGAUAAUAUGGAUCCUUCUGCACACCGUCAAAGUCAAGAUACAUCUGGUUUGCUCGUUCAAUCAUUUAUUUAAAAAACGACAGAAAAAACAACGCACUUAAUGAAUAAUUAUUCGAUUUUCUUAUAUCACGCAAUAUAAUAUCUUGAUAUUUAAAUUUUUACUCUUUUGCGAGAGUAAUUUACAUCGUUAUGCAUUUAACCCUUUUAACAAUAUGCAAUUUAUUCUAUAUAAAAUCAUGUUUUUCUUUUCAUUAGUAACAAUAAAUUUAAAAAUUAUUUUGAUAUACAGGGUGUUGCAGGUCAGGUCAAUAAAACUUCAGGGUCUUAUAGGAAAUUGAAUUGGGAACAAAAAAGUUUCUAUAAACGUAGGUUCGGAAACGCUUCGUUAAAAAGUUAUAAGUAAUAACAAUUUUAAAAACCACGUUUUUUUAUGAUUUUAAAGACAUUACUAAUCGGACACAAUACGUAAAGAUGUGCCGAACGUUAUCAAGUCUUAUCGGAAUGAGCCGACGAGUGUCCCUUUUGCCUCAAAUAUCAGUCAUCUCUCGUAGAAAGUCUCGGUCUAUAUAUUUUAUAUGUCUGUGAUAUAUACACACAUUUAUAUAUUUGUUUGAUAAUAGCAGAAAAAUUCAAAAAUAUAAGAAU